CCACCCUCCUCCCCCUCCCCCUGCAACGCGACUCCACUCUCCACUCCACUCUGUUUGCUUGAGACUGAACUGAAGGCAGCUUCGGUGUGUGGAGGGAGAGAGAGCGAGGCUUUCCCAGAAUAGAGAAGCAGCAGGAGGAGGUGAGAGGGAUGAUGAUGGAAGCCAGCUUUGACACUGAGGAGAGUUUUGACGAUCCCUCCUGUCUUGCCCCGCAGCCCCCCGGCUCUGUUUCGCCGGCCAAGAGGCAGAUCAAGGAGGUCAAGGAGACCAAGACAACUAUCAAUUGUGUGACUUUUCCUCUGCCUGGUGAAGGACCGGAGCAGCAGCUCCUCAAACCCAAUGAAUGGAGCUACUGCGACUAUUUUUGGACCGACAAGAAGGACCCCCAGGGGACCACCUCCCUCCCGGGCUUCGAGGUUCUUCUGCAGAAGCAGCUGAAGGGCAAACAGAUGCAGAAAGAGAUGGCAGAGUUCAUCCAUGAGAGGAUAAAGAUUGAGGAGGAAUAUGCCAAGAACCUCUCCAAGCUGUCUCUGAGCCCUCUGGCAGCGCAGGAGGAAGGGACUCUUGGAGAAGCCUGGACUCAGCUGAAGAAAAGUCUGCAUGACGAGGCCGAGGUUCACCUUAAGUUCUCCAAUAAGCUCCAUAGUGAAGUAGAGAAACCACUACUGACAUUCAGAGGCGACAACUUCAAGAAGGACCUGAAGAAGUACGACCAUCACAUCGCAGACCUCAGGAAGCAGCUGGCCAGCCGCUACGCUAGUGUGGAGAAGGCCCGUAAAGCCCUGGCGGACCGACAGAAGGAUCUGGAGGUGAAGACCCAGCAGCUGGAGAUCAAACUCAGCAACAAAACAGAGGAGGACAUCAAGAAGGCCCGGCGGAAAUCCACACAAGCAGGAGACGACCUGAUGCGCUGCGUUGAUCUCUACAACCAAACCCAGUCCAAGUGGUUUGAAGAAAUGGUCACCACCAGCAUGGAGCUGGAGAAACUGGAGGUGGAACGGAUUGAGUGGAUUCAGCAGCAUCUACGUCAAUACACGACUCUACGUCACGAAACGGACAUGUUCAACCAGAGUACGGUGGAGCCAGUCGAUCAGCUGCUGCAGAACGUCGAUCCAGCCAAAGACAGAGAGCUGUGGGUGAAGGAGAAUAAGACCGGAGAGGUGCGACCCGUGGACAUGGACAUAUAGAGCAUCCAGACCUGACCCGGGAUCAGCCGCUUCAGUCCCUCUUCAGUAUUACAACCCGAAACAUUUCUUCUAACACUGAUCCAGAGAUGCGCAUGUUCAGACUCCCAAACAUCUGCUCAUCCUCUCUGACCGGAACAACAGGAGGAACGGUCCACGCAGGAAACAGAUCGACCAGCAUGCUCCCUCGAAAUUUAACCCCGUCAUAACCAACAUUAGCUUAAUGGAUGCCAUUUAACAUACUCUGCUGUUUACCUGUUGUAAAGUCGGAAAAUUCUAUGUAUUUUGAAUCAUUUAGUUCAGCUUCAAUCAACACUUUUCCAGUUUGAGAAAAAAAAGUCUGAAUAUUGAUAUUACCUUUAUUUUAGAUACUGAUAUUGAAGCAUAUCGAGAUCUUAGAAUGAAUAUGAUCUAUUUUCAUAUUUUGCUGGUUCAUUUUGGUGGAAAUGCAUGUUUUGAAUAUUUUGCUUUCACUGUAUAUGGAGAAACUGCACAAUUUGUGGAAAACUGAUGGUCGUUUUGGUAUAGUGCAAGAGUUUAAUCCGUCGAAUUUACACAAGGUAAAGAAUAGGAAAAAAAAAAGAAUUUACAUGUACAGCGUUGAUAUCCAGUAACCUCAAGAAAAACACACACAAAGCAGUGUUUAGGAAUGUGACAUUGUUUCCGAUCACCACUCACCCCAUCAUGUGGUGGGUUGGAUUUUUAGGCCAGGGUCUGUUUUGGAUCAGUCCAGAAGAAAAAGGUGGUCCAAGUUACACUGAAACACCUUUUAGUGCCUAACGGUUAUAUACCUGGAAUGUUCUUGAUAUAAACUAUUCUGCAUCCAUGUACAUUUGUACAUACAGGCUAGAUGUAUUUUGCUGUCAAAUGUUUAACAGGCGCCAGAUAUUUGGGGCCCAUGAAGUGUUUGUACUGUACAACGUUGUUUGUUUUAUUUUUGGUAAAUGUACAGAGAUUAUCUUUACGAUGGUAAAGGGAUGACAUGCAGCCAAAAUAAUCAAAAAAAAAAAGAUAAGAUUUGUGCUCCGAUUUAAAAGCAGAGAAAACAUUUUAUCCGACUGCAUGUAUGGUGUCCGUGUUUACAUGUGUGUCUUUGUCUUUACAUUUUGUUGUGGUCUUUCUAUUGAUUUUUUUUCCCAAAAGGAUGAAGCCAAUUGAAGACUCAAAUCCUAAUCCAGCUGCGAGGCACAAGAAAAGAACUGCUAUUAAACAAAAGCUCAUCUGCCUUAUAUUAAAACCCUAAAAUGCAUAACAUGGAUUUGCUUUGUUUGACAUUAAUCAUGUGUUAAAUGAAUGAUCGUCAUGUUUAUUUGGGUCCAGGAUUUUUCUUUAAACUGGGGUUAAAUAGCCUAUCUGUUGUAGAGGUUUGUGUCAAUGUUGUGCACUAAAUGUGACGAGUUAUUAUGUUCCAACUAAAUGUGAUGGAAAUCAGCAGUUUCAUGAUGAUGUAACCGUUGAGUUAACUGCCCAUCUGUGACGAGCAUCUUCAUAAUGUGCAUUCAGAUCCGCUGUUCUCAUGUUUAAGGAUGUUUUUUCAUGGGUGACCUCUGUCCAGACAGUGUACUGUGGAAUGCAGUGUCCAAAAUAAAUCCCUUGUUUGAAAAUUAAA